CCAAUAGCAACAGUUCAACAAAGAUGGCGGCUGCUGUUUUUGAGCUGUGCUCUUCUCUUUUCAUCAUAGUUUUGUUUUUCUUGUUUAUUGUCAUAACGGCCAAAGAAAACAUAACGAGCUAUGACUUUAACGUGACUGUGUCGGAUGAGCAGAAUGUCACCGCUAAUGUUACGGAGGUCUUCAUGUGGACGCCGUCCACGCUGCCCCCCGGCGGCACCCAGCAGCUCCCUGGCGGCCCGCUGCCACUCGGCGGCCGCCUGCCGGCCCCCAUCACUGACGUUAGUAAGUUGUGUCCAUGUGAUGAAAACAAGGAUCUCUGUGACAUCAACUGCUGCUGUGACCAACAAUGUAGACAGGAGGUGGCGCUGUUCAGCAGCUGUUCCACACACAGCGUCAGUGGCAAUAAGCACUUGUGCAACCAGGAAGUUGCGUACUAUUCUUUGGACAGCACAGCUGAUGGCUACUCUGUGCUGCAGUCAUCUGUUGAGGUGGAAACAAAUUAUGACAUCUUCUGCAUUCAAUCUGACAACCGUGUUAAUGGAUUUUCUUAUCUUUCGCCUCCUCUUCCAACCGACAGCAACUUUGACUCACUGAUUAAACAAUUUACCGGCUUUGUGUUUGGCUCUGGAGAGAACAGUGGUGAAGUGUCCACAACAGAGGAACAGGUUUCUUCUGGAUACCUGUAUGGUGAUGUGAUGAUGACAGCAGGACAAAGUGAAGACAGAGGUGUGUUUUGGCUGCCAGCUGCUGGUGUUACAGCUGACUGUGUGGACAUGAAUCCUGCAGCAUUCCUAAAGGAUCAGAGCAGUCGGUGUUUACGGCGUGCGGCCCUUGAGCAGGUCUGCGAAACGCUGCCAUCCCUCGGCAUCAACACUUAUACCAACAUUCAGUUCUUUGCUGGGAAGAAUAAAGAUGCUGCAGUUAUUCCCAUGGAGGUGGUGUCUGUUGUCCUGCAGUCUUUAAACGGCACUCAGACGGAGGUGGAGCUGAGUGUUAAUGAAACCUUGAGUCCUGUUCUACUGAGCCCAAACUUAUGUGCUAAUGUGGUUUUGAAGGUGGGUUUUGUGGUAAAGUACAACUCAGCUGGUGAGAUAGUGAAUGCAGUUGUGUCGGUGGUUCUUGGAUUUGUCCGUGAUGAAUUGCUGCCUCUGGAACAGGAAUUUCACGUUAUGUUUGCCCAGGAGGAUGGACAGCAGGUGGCUGUUCACAACAGUGGCAAUCCAGGUUAUGUUGUAGGACUGCCUGUUCUCUCUGGAAAAAGAGCAGCAGAUGGGAUUUUCAGAAAUGUGGUGCCCACAGAAACGCUGUCUCUUCUGUCCAGCUCUGAAGACCAGGACUGCCUGCAGGGCCGACAUCAGCGCUCCCCUGUCCUGUUUGGUGUGGACUUCAUGUCAGGAUGCACCUUAAAAUUGGAGGAUGCUGCAAACUGCUCCUUGGUUUCCCAAGUGCUUCUAAGUGUUCUGCAGGGCCCAGACUAUCCACAGUAUGUUGCUGCCUUUGGGUCCUCUCCCUUAAACAAUCCCAUGGACUGGGUACCCAUCAGUAAAUUCAGUCCAGAGGAAUCCCAGAGUUGCAGCAUUCCAUUAUAUCUUCAUUUGGUCAUCAAAUGGACUAAAUAUGGAUCUUUUGUGAAUCCUCAAGCUCAGAUCGUGAGCAUCGAGGAAGUCAUCCACACCAACACCAGCACCUUGGCCCUGCUGUCUGGAGGUAGCAGCACCGUGACAGUCACGACCUCAGUGACCUUUGUCUCAGUUUCUGCCGCUGCUGUCCCUGGUUUCAGAGCCACGCCCACCAUUGAUGCCAAACUGCCCUUUGAUUUCUUCUUCCCUUUUGUGUGAUGGUAGAAGUACAACCCCAAUUCCAAUGAAGUUGGGACGUUGUGUAAAAUGUAAAUAAAAACAGAAUACAAUGAUUUGGAAAUCCUCUUCAACCUAUAUUCA